GCGGCGGAGGUCAGUUUGCGAUCAGGAAGUGGGUGGUACGUGUGUGAUGCCAUUCUCUCAGCGCAGAUGACUGGUCCAUAGAAUAUUUAAAAAUUUAUUUAAUACUUCUCACUAUCAGCAUUAUGCUUUCACAUAAAAGCAUAUUAGCCAAAGGUGUGAUAAUGUUAGUGAUGCGGUAAAUAACAGUGAGUGACUUCAAUGAGAAGCUCUGGAGGCGCAGCCACUCUUGGUUUCGUGUCUGGAAUAAACAAUCGUGUUGUGUGGUGACGUCAUAACCUUGUAACGAUGGAUUGUGGAUUAUUGUGUUGGUCAUCUCCCAGGAGCCGACGGAAGCCUGCAUAUCCAGGGUCGCCGAGAUUCCGCCGCCGCGUGGAGAGCCAGUGGUCGUCGCUAGUGUCUCGAUGGCGCAACAUCGGCUCGCCCGCCCGCCACGUGGUCACGCCCACGCCCGAUCACGAGGGCCUCGUGGGCGGCGGCGACCGCGUGCACAUGAUGCGGCACCGUGACCAUACCCACAACACCUCCAGCAGCAGCACCAGCAGCAGCAACGGCCCGCUGCACGCCAUCAGGUCUCGCCUCGGCCGAGGGCGGUCACGGCAGACCCGCGCCAUGUCGCUCUGCGAUGCGGACGACGAGUGGGCGGCGCCCAACCGCCAGUGGGUGGACUCGCGGGCGGUGCUGGAGUGGGCGCGGAGGUGCGGCGAGCGCGACGACGAGCAGGACUCGGGCGUGACGGUGAGCGACAACGACGAUGCCUUCUCGCCGCCCUCCUCGUCGUCGUCGGCGUCCAGCGCGGGCGGCUCCUCCUGCCAUGACGAGGCCUUCAGCGAGACCUGCAGCGACACCUUCCCCGCCAGCGACAGACACGACGACGCCGUGCCCGCGCCCCACCCUGGGGACGUGGUGCCCCCUCCCCCGCCCAGGGACCCUUCGCCCUCGGGGGAGUUCUCUCACAGCUGCUCGACGCCGCUGUCCUCGCCCUACGCCUCGCAGACGCAGCCCCACAGCCCCGCGCAGCCCCGCCGGGAGCCAGCUCAACCGGGUCUUCACCAGCCCAGGAUCGUCGCCGACCACGUCAUAAAGAUGGACACGCGCGACCUGCACCCGACGUCCCCGCCCGCGACCGCCGCCCGCCGCUACCAGAAGCCGACGCCGCCGCAGAAGCCGCAGCAGCCGCAGCCUCAGUCGCAGGCGCAGCGGGGGGGCGGCGUGGCCACCAGGGUGGGGGGGCGGGCGAGGAUCUCCUCGUGUGUGGACUCAUGCAUCUGGGAAGAGCCGCCCCCGUUGGACCUGCGACCCCCCGCCCACACGCCCGCCCACACGCCCGCCCACACGCCCAACCAUUCCCCCGCCCACUCCCCCGCCCACCGCACCACAACCCUGGACCGCCACAAGCACCAGGGACGCCGCUCCCCGCCCACCCCGACCUCCCUGACGCUCGGACGGGCCGGCCUGCGGAGCAUCGCCACGUCCCCCUCCGACGCCGAGGACAGGCUCAAGCUCCAGCGACUCAAGUGCUCGCUGGACACCUCGACGGACAGCCCGCCCAAAGCGCCCCUCACGCCCACCAGCGACCACAACAAGUCUACCUCCAGCCACGAGGACGAGGACGCAGACAAAACGGACGGCCAGCCCAGCUUCUGCACGUUGCCCCGCCAGAAGAGGGAAGUCACCUUCCAGAUCCGGACGGUGGUGUUCGAGAAGGGCCCGGGGCACCGCUCGCUCGGCUUCAGCAUCGUCGGGGGCACGGACUCCCCACGCGGCUCCAUGGGCAUCUUCGUCAAAACGGUGUUCCCCCAAGGACAGGCCGCCUCCUCGGGCGCUCUGCAGGAAGGUGACGAAAUCCUGGCAAUCAACGGCAAGCCCCUGCACGGCAGCUCCCACAAGGAAGCCAUCCUGGCCUUCAAGGAGAUCAAGCAGGGCAAGGUGGUGCUGCACAUCGGCCGCAGACGGAAGAAGAAGGCCGUCGCUCACCAGUGAUCUGCGAGGAAGACGUCUCACAAGCAGUGACCGUGUCUCCCUUCCAGCUGUGACGGCGCCCUUUGGCAGUGAUCUACUGUGGCGCUGUCUGUGGCUAUGACCGAGCAUUAUCUCGCGUCCUCCUGCAGCGGUCUGCUGUCUGUCCAGCAGUCGGAACUGCUGCUUUCUCUGAUGGUGGCAGCGGCGGCAGUUGGUCCGUUUGCAGUCCACCUCUGGUGCUAUCUCAUAGUACUUCUCGCCCUCUCGCUACUGGCGGUUGGCGACGUGCUGGCGUGUGCAGUUUGGAGGCAUCAGACAGCCAUCAGCAGUGGGAAUCUAGGGACCGAGAAACCAAGAAAAGGACUUCCAUCCCUGAGUGCCAAGUUAACGGUGCGGUUCGAGCUCCGGCGCGGAUGGAGGUGUUGGGAACCAUUCCGCUGGGAAGCCUCGUCUCAGAAAUGCCCAGACGACUUUCGAGUUUGAAAACAAGAUGAAUAUUUAAGAGAGAAUACGUACAGAGGAACACUGACUUCGUAAAACCAAGCUGUCCGUUGUGUUUUGUUGAAGCCAUAACAGGAUGACGGUUGUCAGCUUGGGUCGAAGCGUGACUUCGUGCUCAUAAGAAUAUCAGCUUUUUUAAUCAGAAUAUUUCUCAUUUCUCAUUCGUUAUAUUAUUGUUAUUUUGUUAGUCACUUAAGAAUAUUUAUGAUUUUCCCUUCUCGGUCGUCUCUGUGGAUCUCGUAAACCAGACCAGGUUGAUGUAGUCCAGAAGUUUAUAAGUAAACCUGAGAGUAAUCAAACCUCCGUUGGCCCCGUGCUGCUAGUGUUAACUCUUCCCGUUUCGUUGUAUGCGCCGCCAACCCACGCCCACAGUGCAAUGGGCCGCAGUCACACACCAACAGUUAACGUAACAACAAACGUUCAACCUACAUUUUACUUAAAUGCGAGAUAGUUUAAACAUAUGUAAGGUUCGACGUUCCCCAAUUGGUCCUGUAAAAAGAAAGAGGGCGUGUGGCCCCAUCCACCCCGACCCAAGAGUGUGGCCCAAGCAUGGCCAAGUGGAUUCCAAACUGCAGCAUAAAAUGUGUAAUCACUUAGGCUCCAUGAAACACCGAGCUGUAAGACGGCCUAAGGCUGCCUCCUUCCUAGUCGACAGAGCAGAAGUGUAACCUUUUAUAAUUCUGUAUUAAUAAUAACUUGCUGUAUAGACUUUACAGUUCUGAAAGGUUCUUUGUUUUAAAGGAACAAUUUUUUUUUUAUUUCUUGUACAUUUUUAUUGUGAUAAAAUUGAAAUGUUAAGUUCUUUCAUUAUCGCAAGCUAUUGUAAUCUUAUGUUAAUAUACCAUGUAAUCCUUGUGAUAUAAAUGUAAAGCUUUACACAAUAAAGUUAGGAAAAUAUGAGAAA